UAAAGGUGCGCGGAGCAUGGCGCUGUACGCGACGGCAGCCUCGGUGCUGGCGGGCGUGGAGGAGCGCCGAGGCUCGGUCCGGUCGCUGGUGUACUCCAGCGGCUUCCAGAACGUGAAGCCGUUGUAUGCGCUGGUGUGUGAGACGCGGCGCUUCGACACCGUGCUGGACGCCGUGAUUACCCGCGCCGGUCUGCUCCGUGCCGAGAAGAAGCUGCGGCCGCACCUAGCCAAGGUGCUGGUGUAUGAGCUGCUGCUGGGGAAGGGCUUCCAAGGCAGUGGGGGAGGCCGAUGGAAGGCCCUGCUGGACCGGCACCAGGCUCGGCUGAAGGCUGAAUUGGCCCGGCUCAAGGUUCAGCGGGGUGUGAGCUGCAAUGAGGAUCUUUUGGAAGCAGGGGCCAAGCCUGGCUCAGCCCCCCAGGUUCCAAGGUAUGUUCGGGUGAACACCCUCAAGACCUGCUCUGAUGAUGUGGUAGAUUAUUUCAAGAGAAAAGGUUUCUUCUACCAGGGCCGUGCUUCCAGCCUGGAGGACUUACGGACGCUUGAGGGAAAGCACUUUCUUCUGGAUCCUUUGUUGCCUGAGCUGCUUGUGUUUCCCGCCCAAACAGACCUGCAUGAGCACCCGCUGUACCUGGCGGGACACCUCCUCCUGCAAGAUAAGGCCAGCUGCCUCCCAGCCAUGCUGCUGGCUCCACCCCCAGGUUCCCACGUCAUCGAUGCCUGUGCUGCCCCUGGCAACAAAACAAGUCACUUGGCAGCUUUCCUGAAGAACCAGGGGAAGAUCUUUGCCUUUGACCUAGAUGCCAAGCGUCUAGCAUCCAUGGCUACGCUGCUGGCCCGGGCUGGAGUCUCUUGCUGUGAGUUAGCAGAGGGAGACUUCCUGGCAGUGUCGCCUUCUGAUCCACGGUAUGCUCAGGUCCAGUACAUUCUACUGGACCCUUCCUGCAGUGGCUCAGGGAUGUUGAGCCGGCAGCUGGAGGAGCCAGCGAAGGCACCCAGCCAGGAGCGCCUGCGCACCCUGGCGGGCUUCCAGCUGCGCGCCCUGUGCCACGCACUCACGUUCCCUGCCCUGAAGCGCCUCGUCUACUCUACCUGCUCCCUCUGCCAAGAGGAGAAUGAAGAUGUAGUCCAAAGAGCCCUGGAGGAGAGUUCAGGGGCCUUCAGGCUGGCGCCCACCCUACCCUCCUGGCCCCACCGAGGCCUCAAGACGUUUCCAGGGGCUGAGCACUGCCUCCGGGCUUCCCCUGAAGCCACGCUCACUGGUGGCUUCUUUGUCGCUGUCAUUGAACGGGCAGAGGUGUCAAGCUUGGCUUCACAUGCCGAAGCACUGGCACAACUCAUUUCUAGCCCAGCUACAAGAAGGAAGAAGCGGCGAAAAACUGCGGCUGGCCCUGGCCAGCACCUGCUGCCAUGCUCAUAGAGGUGCGGGCAAUGCCACCUUGUGGCCAGGCCUCCCUGUGGCACUAGUGGCUGCAUGUCCCACCCUGACGAUGGGACAGACAGUGUCUCUCCCAGGGGUCCGAGUCCUCCCUCCUUCCUGGUGGCAGAAGUGCUGCUGGCACAAGUAAGAGCCAUGACAGGGUCUAUGACAGA